UUUAACGACAAUGUGAAAGUUGACCGUGUUGUACGGUGUGUCGAAACCCCGAGAAUUUGCUCGUUUUAAGGAAAGUCGGAUAUAUAUUCGUGCACGCGUGCUACUGUUCGUUCGGGAUGUCACCUAAUUUGACUCCUACGACUAUUCAACAUUUACUAUCUAAACGAAAAGCAUCGCCGAUCCUUUUCUCACAUCAGUUUACGGUUCAUUUAAUGGUUUCUUUUGUGUGGCUAAAAGAAUCUGUUGUGCAGUCACAGUGUGGUGAUAUUCCUUCUGAAUUUUAGUGAUCGUAAACGCGUACGCGUACAUUUUCGACUCCCACGCACCGUUGUCCCUACGCGAAUACUUGCUUUUUGGUAGUUAGCAAUAAAUAAUAUUUAAACACGUUCGUUAACGUGAUCGUUACUAUCUUACUACUGCUCGAAUGUAAACAGCAUUAACCGGAUUUAUUACUGUUAACAGGUGAAGUAAAAAAUCUACAAAGUAGAAGUCAUGGAUCUCCAGGUGCAAGGGAUGUGUACUGUGCAUUGUCCCUGGAUCAAGAAGAAAUAUUUAGGACAACAACAAUGGAAAGAACUCUCAAUCCAUUUUUUGGAGAAGAAUUCCAAUUUGAAGUACCUAGGAAAUUUCGUCAUCUUGGCAUUUAUGUUUAUGAUCGAGAUAGACAUUUAAAGCAAGAUAAAAUUUUGGGCAAAGUAGCAAUAAAGAGGGAGGAUUUAGCAACAUAUCAUAAUAAGGAACAUUGGUUCCCUUUGAGACCAGUCGAUGCUGAUUCUGAAGUUCAAGGCAAAGCGCAUUUGGAACUUGCUCUCCAACCUCAAAUUGGACAUGCACAAUCUAAACUUACAGUGAGAAUCAUAGAAUGUAACGAAUUAACUAUUAAAAAUGGUGGCUGUGAUCCAUUUGCUACUGUUACAGUCAUCUAUAGCAAUGGUAAACAAAUAUCAAAACGCACAAAAAUUAAAAAAAAAACAGUCUCUCCAUACUUUAACGAAACAUUUAUUUUUGAGCCAGAAAUAACAGAAUUAAAAGAGAAGGAUGAUUCUCAUUACCCUAUUGAAAGUGGAGAAGUAGGUGAAGUAGUUGUAGGUUUAUGGCAUGCAUCUCCUGGUAUGGGAGAACAACCAGCUUUUCUUGGUGAAGUUAGAGUUACACUAAGAGGCCUACAGAAGCAACCUACUAGUACAACGACUGCAUGGUACUUUCUACAGCCCAGAGCAGCAAAACAUCGCUUAAGUAAAAUUUCAAGCAGUUCUACACCAUCUGGUGCUUUACCAGGUUUAGGAUCUCUACGAUUAAAGAUACAUUAUACAGCAGAUCAUGUUUUUCCAUCAACAAUGUAUGAUAGACUUAGAAAUUUAUUGUUACAAAGUGUUAAUAUUCAACCAAUAACAUCUUCUGCUGUUUAUAUUUUGGGAGAAAUUGUAGCAUAUAAAAUGGACGCUGCGCAACCAUUGGUUAGAGUGUUAGUACAUCAUGGACAAUUGGUUUCUGUAAUGCAAGCUUUAGCUAGUCAUGAAAUUUCAAAAUUAACUGAUCCAACAACAAUAUUUCGUGGUAACACGUUAGUAAGUAAAAUGAUGGAUGAAGGUAUGAGAUUAGCAGGCCUUCAUUAUUUGCACAGUACACUAAGACCAGCUAUGGAACAAGUCUUCCUGGAAAAAAAGCCAUGUGAAAUAGAUCCAACAAGAGUAAAGGAUGCAAAUACAAUUCAAACUAAUUUAGCAAAUCUAAAGGAAUAUGUUGAAAGAGUAUUUACUGCUAUUACAACAUCAGGUGUGCGGUGUCCGCCUUUAAUGUGUGAAAUGUUUUGGUGCUUGAGAGAACUUGCAACAACGCAUUUUCCAAAAAAUAAGGAAGUAAGAUAUUCAGUUAUUAGCGGAUUCAUUUUUCUACGAUUUUUUGCUCCUGCAAUAUUGGGUCCAAGAUUAUUUGAUAUUACAACCGAGCAAAUUGAUUCUCAGACUAAUAGGACGUUAACAUUAAUUUCUAAAACAAUUCAGAGUUUAGGUAACUUAGUAAGUUGUAGAGGUGGAGCAGGUAGCGUUUGUAAAGAAGAAUACAUGGAAUGUGUGUAUAGAGAAUUUUAUACGGAAAAGCACAUACAAGCAGUUAAACAAUUUUUGGAAUUAAUAUCGACAAGUAGUAAUAGCGGUAUUACAAAUCAACGACCGAAUACACAGCAAGACCAACCAGUUGUAUUAAAAGAGGGAAUAUAUUUUCUCUUCUUGCAUACUGCUGAUUGUGAUAAGAGAAUAAUGAUUAAAAGAGCACAAGGAAGAAAGCGUUUUGGUCGUAAAAAUUUCAAACAGAGAUACUUCAGACUUACCACACAAGACCUGACAUAUUCUAAAACGAAAGGUAAAGAACCUUUAUGUAAAAUACCACUUGAAGAAAUUUUAGCUGUUGAAAGGCUUCAAGAAAAUUCUUUUAAAAUGAAAAAUAUGUUUCAAAUAAUUCAGUCGCAAAGAGUAUUAUAUGUUCAAGCUGGCAAUUGCGUAGAAGAAAAAGAAUGGAUUGAUAUCUUAACAAAAAUUUGUCGAACGAACAACAAUCGUUUAGAAAAAUACCAUCCAAGUGCAUAUAUCAAUGGUCACUGGCUUUGUUGCAAAGCAGUGGCUGAAAUAGCUCCAGGGUGUAGUGAGGUGUCACCGGGUGUAGAAGCUGGAUUACGUAUGGUUCUAGAUCCAGAUAGAGAUUUGCAACGGAUACAUUCUUUAAUAUUUACAAACAUGCCGAGACUUGAAACGUUAAUGAGUGCAUGUGAAUGUCAAGCUGUUUAUGGAGCUAGUGACAUGUGUGUUAUACCGGGUGGUGGAUCUCCAAUAGAAGAUGUGCCCUCUUGUUUUAAAACAUUAACUGCAUUGAGAGAAGCUGCGUAUGCUUUACAACAUGAACAUAGAGCCUAUUUUAGGAGAUUGGCACGCGAUACUAAAUAUGGAAGCAAGCAAGCUCCAAUUGGUGAUGACAAUUAUCUUCACUUGGCAGCUAGAGCUGGAUUUGAAAGUCAGUUAACAAAGUGUGCUUACGAAGUGGAUAAUUUAAAUCAACAUUAUAUAGAAACAGAUCAUUGCUAUGACAGUGGAUUUUCUAGACGAAUAGAGGAUCGACGAUACGAUGAAACAUUUAGGAAAUGUUUAGAUUCUGAUUCGAUACAUCGUAGGUAUGAGAACGAAAACAAUUUAUUACGACGGUAUGAAAAUAAUACUGACACCAUAAAAAGUAUCCAAAAUGAUCUCAAAAACUUCGACCAUAGUUUAAAUAAUACGUUAAGAACAGAUAAGUUUGAAAAAAAUGUAAAUUUAGAAAACAAUAGAAGAUUGGAUAGUUCCAGUUUAUUGACAACUGACGGAAUUAGUAUGUCUGGUAUCAAGAAAAUUCAGCAGUUAUGAUCAUAUUAAAAUAUCGAGUGAAUGUACAUACAGUGACAACAUUAAAAAAUAACGCGUAUUCUUGUAAUUCUUUGAAUGAAUAUGUCAACUAAUAAUUUUUUUCGAUUCUGAACAUAAAGAUGAUACGUUUCUAUGAACUCUUCGAAAGUUUCUCUCAUGCGUUCACAUUACUUGCAUUCUCUACAAGAAUCUAGCGUUUAAAUUCAUUCAAAUUGUAUAAAACUAUUUUUUACAAUGAUGUGCAGUAUAUCUAGUUUAAGGACACACACUCAUUAUUUCUUAAGUUAUUAAAGGUGCAAACAAUUGUUUACAUAAAAAAUGUGUACUUCAGACAAAAAAUUUUGACAGAGGAUUUAAACUUUUUACUAUGUUUAUCGUUUUUUUAAAAAAUUGGGAUCUCAAGAUAUUAUUAGAUAUUACGAUGAACGAAAGCAUUCGAUAUAAAGUUCACUCGCUGUUUGAUGUUGCUAAUGAAAAUGAAUGUAAUUUUUUGAGUUUCGCGUGUCAAUAACCAUACAAAAAUUUAGUAGAUUAAAUUAAUUUUUAACAUUGAAGGAAAACAAUGAUUGAACUUAAUAUUUGGUAUUUUAUUGUUGAAAAUUGACAAAUUCGUAUUACAUUGAGGACGUCGUCCAAUUUCUCAUUGAAAAUUUAACUUACUUAAAAAUAAUAUUAAUAUUUGAAAAUAUAUAUAACGUUUUUGAUUGUAGGCUUCAUAAAAAGAAAUAAUCGGCAAUUGAUAUCGCUGUUUGUCUUCUAUCUCGAACACGUCAAUGAGAAACGUAAUAACAAUCGAAUCACAAAGUAUUUUGUUGAUGCACUCGAAUUUUUCAAAUGCAUAACUGGUCAUAUAAAUUUUAAAUCGAGUCACGAAAAGUGUAUUACCGGUGUAAAUAAUUUCUUUGUACCUUAAAUAACUUCAAAUUUUUAUCUAAACUUAAACUAAAUAUACUGUACAAUCAUUUCUGUUUUAUAUACUGUUGACUCUCCUUUAAUAAGGAGUCAUCUUUUUUAUUUAUAUGCACAUGUUUUUAUGAAAUUAAUUAUUUUUAAAUUGCAUAAAUUCUAUAAUAGUGUUAUUACACAUAAUCUGUUAAAAACCAUGUUGUGAGCAAUACUUCAGGAAGUAAAUAUACUUCUUGAUAUAUUAUCAUGAUGCGCUUAAUAUAAUAUUUUGUGACAAUAAAGAUUUCUUCUAUUUAUUUAUUUAUAUCUUGUUCUGAUGUAUUGAAGACACAUGUGCAUAAGUAUAAUAACGAACUAAAUUAUUAUUGAAUUGAAUCUGUAAUCUCAUUAUCAAGAGAAUUGAGUCAUGAAUAAUAUGAGUAAAGGCACUUGAACUUUUAAUGUACAACAUAUUAAUUGAAUUAUUGCUUUAUAAUUUCAUCACAUUAUAUCAUUUUGUACUUGGCGGUAUGCUGUUAGUAAUUAAUACUAUUCAUAUACCAUUCAUUUCUAGAUCUUUGUAAAUAACAACCAAAAGAACAUAAUAUAUAUUAAUGAUGAUACUUGAAUAUUAGAAAAGAUUAACAUUGGUCGUGAUAACUUUUACAAAGUCAAAUCAAACAGCAGCACAAUAUACUAUAUGAAUCAUGCAAAUGAAAUAAGUAAAAUUAAACUGUACAUAGUGGCAUUAUAAAAACUAUUAUAAUCAUGAUUUUCAAAUUCGUUUUUGUAUCUUAACAUAGGUUUGACAAGUCAAAUGUGUAUAAAAAAUAUAAAUAUAUUUAAAUAUAGUAAUUUCAUAAGUUUUCCAGUGAUUAAGUACAAUGUGUUAAAUUCUGUAGGAUUUUCAUUUAAGCUUUUUCUUAUUUUGUUUUGUUUCUUUCUUUUUCAUAUUUUUUUAUGCGUUUAAUGAUUUGAACCGAAAAUAUGAUCUUUUGCUGCAUUUAUCUUUGUGAAAAUGUUUUUACUCGGAAUUCGAAGAAGUAGCUAAAAUUCCUUUUAAAAUGUGUUUAUGUCUUAUAACUUUUUGUGUGACAAACUUGUACAUAGAAAUACAUAUCUAUAAAUUUUUAUUAUGUUACCUAAUUAUAAAUUGCUCUUAAUACUUGAAACAUUUAAGAAAGUUGCAAAAAUAAUUGUUAACGGUAUCGUCAAAUUUAUGAUUUGUCAAGAAUGUUGUAGUACAGAAAUGAUCUUAUUAAUGUAAAUAAGACUGCUAUUUCAACAUAAUUAUAUUUAAUCUUUAUUCUGUUUGUUAAGUGUUGUAAAUGAUUAAUAAUUCAAUAUUGCAAGACAGAUUCAUCGAUACAUGUGACAUGAUUGUGAGAAUCUUGUAUGUAUAACCUACUCUUAUGGGCACACAAAACUCAUAAUUGGCAUUUAGUAAAAACUUCGUCUUUCAUAAAUUACGUUACAUUUAAAGUUGUACUCAAUAGUUAUAUAGGUACGAACAAUUUCAUGAACUUUCCCCUUAAAGAGCAUCAACUCGUAGUAUUUGCUCAUUAUUUAAUAAAAUAUUUUUGUAAAAUCAUUUAAAAAUAUUAUUCUUGCAUCAACGACAUUCUUUUUACCUCAAAUAGUACACAAGAUAUUUUUUAAAUAACUUUAGUAAAAAAAAAUGCAAAUGAUCUGCAAAAAAUAAAAAGUUAAGUAUUUGUAAUUUACAAAAUCUUUAAAAACAUUAAUAAGUAAUAUUGAAUUUUUGAUAGCUUAUGUAAUAUUUAUUUUUAAGAGAAAAUUAAAUGUUUCAGUAAUUUCCUGAUAUUAUACAAACUAAUGAACAAUUAGAUAUCUUGAAAGCAAAGUUGUACUUUUAAUGAUAGCAAGCCAUACUAAAAUAUCCCUCCAAAUUAGCGAAUAAAUUUAUGUAGUUUAUAAUAUAUUAUAAAUAUUACAUAAUUUACAUAUUUUUUAUUUGUACAGUAUACACGAUUAGUUACUUUCACGUUGUUGAGGGUAGGGCUACAAUAAAAAUUUGCAUUAACUCUUUAGAUGUAAGGUUGGAAACAACAUUAAGGAAGUUAUUAAUUAAUUGAAAUAUUUAUAGGAUAGCUAAAUUAUUGAAUAACUGGAAUUAAAACGGCAUAUAAUUUUUAAAUUGAUACAUAUCCAUGCAAUGCCUUUAUGUAAAGUACUACAGAUUUUAUAAAGUAAGAGAAACAGAUACUAACACUAAUAUAAGACAAUAUAGAAUGUCAAAAAUGUUAGAUAAUUUAAAAAAAAAAGAUCUAUAUAUGUUCUAAUCUUUCAAUACGAUUGUACUGUACAUACGUAGGAAAAGUAUUUGAAUGAUAUCAUAAGUUGAUCAUUGUAACAAAUUUAUAAAGUGUCAUCUUAUAAGAAGGCACAAACUAUUCGCACGAAUGGUUAAAAUAAAUCAAUUUUUGCAUUCAGGAAAGGAAUUUACUGCAAAGAUCAGAAUUUAUAUUUUCUUAUCCGGUCGAUUCAAUUGUCUAAUCUAGUUGUGACAAGAUUAAUUCCAUAUUUUCAAAUCGCAAAUUUAGAAUAGUUUAUAUAUAAGUUAACGAUAGCGAGCAGUAACAAAAAUUCAUAGGACAAUCUUCCUGUAACAAAAAGUAAAUAGUUUUUCUAAGAUGGAAUGUCCAACUCUUACUCAAUUGUAUACAAUGGAAGUCUAUUAUAAAGACAAAAAUAUUGAAUAGUUUUCAAGACUAUAUUGAAUACAUUUUAUUGUAUAUAAUAUUUCUUUAUUGCAUAACUCACUAUAGUUGUGCAUGCAAAUUCUGCUUACAAAUAGUAUUAUUUAUGUUAAAAUUGUUCUACUAAUUGAAUAUUAUAGUAAUACUUUUGUAUCCUAUUUCAUUGUGUUCAUUAAGUUAGUAUUCGUCUUUUUUUCUUUUUUUGGCAGAAAUCUUUAAUAUGACUACGCUUUGAAGUUAUCGGAGAGCUAAAAGUUACUCCCAAAUAAGUGUAUUUCGUAAAUUAUUUAUUGAAAUUGAAACUAAGCUAUAUCUUAUACUAAACAUUAUUACGUAUUUUAAUGUUGUAAAUAUGCUUUCUACGGUAAAUGUUUUUUAAUGAAUUUAAGUUUAUAAUUUUGUAACUCGGAAUGUUAAUAAACUGUUUAUUAUGGAGCGCCA